UUGUUUAAAAAUUGUAUCACUACAGUUCUUGUAAUCGUGCUGUGAACAUUAUUUAGUUUAAACAAGCAGAGUGUAUAAAAGGAGUGUGGCUCUCGGAGGAGUUCCUGCAAGAAACAAGAAAGAAAAACAACUAUCGUAGCUUGAAAUUUUCUGUGAAAACGGAAAGCUACCGCAACAACAACAGCACCGCACGCAAAACUGCAAUUAAUUUAUUUGUAACUUAGGAUUUAUAUUUAAUAAACCAAAUAUAUCAACAUGUGUGACGAAGAGGUUGCCGCGCUCGUUGUCGACAAUGGCUCCGGUAUGUGCAAGGCCGGUUUCGCCGGUGAUGAUGCCCCUCGUGCCGUCUUCCCGUCCAUCGUCGGACGCCCCCGUCACCAGGGUGUGAUGGUCGGUAUGGGCCAGAAGGAUUCCUACGUGGGUGAUGAGGCCCAGAGCAAGCGUGGUAUCCUGACGCUGAAGUACCCGAUCGAGCACGGUAUCGUCACGAACUGGGACGAUAUGGAGAAGAUCUGGCAUCACACCUUCUACAAUGAGCUGCGCGUUGCCCCCGAGGAGCACCCAGUUCUGCUGACAGAGGCCCCCCUGAACCCAAAGGCUAACCGCGAGAAGAUGACACAGAUUAUGUUCGAAACCUUCAACACCCCGGCCAUGUACGUCGCGAUCCAGGCCGUGCUGUCGCUGUACGCUUCCGGUCGUACCACCGGUAUUGUGCUCGAUUCCGGCGAUGGCGUCUCGCACACAGUCCCCAUCUACGAGGGUUAUGCUCUGCCACAUGCUAUCCUGCGUCUGGAUUUGGCUGGUCGUGAUCUCACCGAUUACCUGAUGAAGAUUCUGACUGAGCGUGGUUACUCGUUCACCACCACUGCCGAGCGUGAAAUUGUCCGUGACAUCAAGGAGAAGCUUUGCUACGUCGCUCUGGACUUCGAGCAGGAGAUGGCCACCGCUGCCUCGUCCUCCUCGCUGGAGAAAUCCUACGAACUACCCGACGGACAGGUCAUCACCAUCGGUAACGAACGUUUCCGCUGUCCGGAAGCCCUAUUCCAGCCAUCCUUCCUGGGUAUGGAAGCGUGCGGCAUUCACGAGACCACCUACAACUCGAUCAUGAAGUGCGACGUCGACAUCCGAAAGGAUCUGUACGCCAACACAGUAUUAUCCGGCGGUACCACCAUGUACCCAGGAAUCGCCGACCGCAUGCAGAAGGAGAUCACCGCCCUUGCGCCGUCGACCAUGAAAAUCAAAAUCAUUGCCCCACCAGAGCGCAAAUACUCCGUCUGGAUCGGUGGCUCCAUCCUGGCUUCCCUGUCCACCUUCCAGCAGAUGUGGAUCUCCAAGCAGGAAUACGACGAAUCUGGCCCAUCCAUCGUUCACCGAAAGUGCUUCUAAGCAGCAAAACCCGCGCACUAACCGUCGUCGUAACAAUAACACUCUUUUACCAACAACAACAAUGAAGAAAACAACAGCAGCAACAACAACUACAGCGCAAAGUAUAGCUAAAGCAAAAACAAUUCGCGAGAGAGAUUACAAGAACAAGAACAACAGCAACAAAAAAUCAUUCCCAGCAAGAUACAGAAGUGUAUGCAAAAAAACACACAACAAGACACACAUUUGAGAACAACUUAAUAAUAAAAAGACAAUUCCUGUAUUAUUACUUAUAAUAAUCAAA